CUUAGCAGCUCGGUGCUGUUUGUUUUUGUUGUUGUUGUGGGGUUUUGCGGUAAUUCUCUCUCUCUCUCUCCUCCCCGCCGCUCCUAGUGUAACGGUUAGAUACAGAGCUCGGCUACUCGGUGUUGUGAAUCGGUAGUUUAUUGCCCCCCGUGUUUUCCCCCGCCAUGGCUCUGCGCGGCUGCGUCGGGGCCUCGGCGUUACCAAGCGAGCUGAUCGUGCACAUCUUCUCGUUCCUCUCCGAGCGGGACAAGCUGCGGGCCUCGGCCGUGUGCACGCGCUGGAGGGAGUGCCUGUUCUACCCCGCGCUGUGGAGCGAGCUCAAACUGCGAUUCGCUACCGGCAUCGGAACCGGAUCGGGACAGGGAUCAGGAUCAGGACCGGAGCAGCAGCAGGAGGAGGAGGACGACAGCGCGAGGCUCGAGUUUCUCAUGCGACGGUUCGGCUCGUCCGUGCGCGAGCUGCAGCUGGAGUUCGGGCCGUUGGACUCGUGCGGAGGAGAACCGCAGAGUCACGAGCGCUGGAGAACCGCAACGUUCACCUACCUGCAGCACGUGCUGUGUGUGCUCAGCAACCUACGGAACAACAGGAACCUGCAGAAGCUCAGUGUGUAUGGAGACACCUUUGUUCUUCAGGAUGAUGUUCUGCAGGACGGCUCUUACCUCAGCCAGGUCGACCGAGGAGGCAAGAAGCUUAAAGAGAUCCAGCAGCUGUUUGAGGACUUCCUGUCGAACAGCAGACAGCUGAAGUGGCUCUCCUGCUCCUUCAUGUCGGCCGUUCUGACCCCGCGCUCUCUGUCGUCUCUGUCGAACCCGAGCGCUGAGACUCUGCAGCACCUGAGUCUCCUGGAUCACCAGAUUUCUGGCCUACUGCCGUCCUCGGAGCUGCAGCGUCUCUCCAACCUGCGCUCGCUCUCCAUCGACUACUGCGACUUCUCCUCGUGCAUGUGCCAGCUGUUAGCAGACACCAACCGAGCACCGCUUUUGCGCUUAUCUCUGCUGCUCAACGGCGCCACCCUGGAGGCCCGGUCUCUGGACUGCGUCGCGUCUGAUUCGGACCUGAAGGCUCUGACGAGGCGGAACGCGGACCUGCGAGUGUUCCUGAUGGCGCUGGACGUAGGCGAGGACGUGCUGGAGAUCGUCCUGAAGCCCAGCCUGCCUCUCGAGCGGAUCCACGUGGACAGUUACAACGCGCCGCUCGGUGACACCGUCCUCGAGCGCGUCUCACUCCAGUACCACAAAACGCUCACACACUUCGUCCUCACGAGAGACGACGGUCGGUUUCCCGAUCUCAGCGGGAACAGAAACGAGGAUCCGCUGGUGCUGCUGGCAUGGCGCUGUGUUCAUCUCUCUGUGCUCAUCAUCCAUGGUUACACGGUGUGGUCUCACAACCUGGUGGCCAUCUCCCGGCUGCGCGGCUCGAGUCUGCGCGUCCUGGACAUUUCCGGGGAUAGCAUCGACUUCGACCCGGACCAGGCCCUGUUUUCUAAGGGCGACCCGGUGCAGACGCUGGAGAAAGAGGUGUCUCGAGGCCUGGGCCGCACCUGGCAACCGUCCAUCGCCAUGGAGAACAGCGCCGUCGUCAGCGACCCCACACUGCACUUCCACCGCGAGAUGCAGAGCUUCAGCGAGAACGUCUAGAUUCUCCUUUUCCUUCCUUUCUUUUCCCCCCUAGUGUAUGUUAAUGCUACGUGUGUUGGUUUGUUCUACUGGUCACACACCCACUGCGAGUUCCUCUACACUGUCAUACUAGGAUACAUACACACACAUAUACACACUCGUUUAUGUGCUUGUGUGUGUAUACACGUACGAGCAUCACAUCUACCUUCAGUGAACCGUCUCAUUCUCUCCCUUUUUAUUUUCUUUUGCUCUGGUUCUAGUGAAGAGAGUGUAAAGUUUUAUUUAAUGCUUUUCCUUCUCAUUUCUUUCCCUCGUAGUGGGGCGUAACGCAGUGUGUUUUGUAAGCAACGCCAGUUACAUCUUUUAUUUCUUUUUAUUUCCAGUCUGAAUGAAUCCUCCGUGUUUGUACGUGCCGUGUCUAACCAGUAUUAAUAGCACUAUUAUAUUUAUAUGGGUCUAUAUAUCCUGCUAUAGAUUUAGUAGCUCGCUGAUGGCUGGACGCUGGAGAGGGGCUUCAUUCUUUUUAUUUUUUAAUGGCUUCGUUGCUUAAAUCUCAAUCUGGAGUUACCUCAGACUAUCAGGCGAGACGAGUCUUCCAGCUGAGUGCGAGAAGCUGAGAGAUGAUUGGCUGGAACCCGGCAGCCUUCCGCUCUGUUCAUCACUUCCUGUUUGUUAGAUUUCUUGAUGAUGAUGAUGAUGAUGAUGAUGAUGAUUGUUCUUUUGAAGUAUAUACUUUGGCUGAGUGUUUCUGAUCGAAGACGCUUCACGAAGAGUCCUUUAGCACAAUAUCAGGACUUUCUCUGUCUCAGGUAGGAGAGUGGAGAUCAUGAUGAUGAUGAUGAUGAUGGUGGUGAUGAAGUUACCUUAAAGUUUUUUGUUUUCCUUCGUUGUGGCUUGUUGGUUUUUUUUAUUUUUUUUUAUUAUUCUCCUCCCGAGAUCUCGGGUCACAGGAUCUCAGGAUCUGGACGCUUUCUCUUUUUGGGCCGAGAUGUUUGUUGUCUGUCUGAGCUCUUCCAGACUACAUGCACUGGUGUCUUUUUUUUUUUUUUUUUUUUUUUUAAAUAUAUAUAUAUUCUUUGGAGCUUAUAUCCUCCUGCCUCUCUCUCUCUCUCUCUCUCUCUCUUUAAAGCUUGUACAGGAAAGCAGCCCGCUUGGUGUUUAGUGUUUGACUUCGAACUCCAGCCUUCGUAAGAGAUGCAUUAUUUCAACAUUUUUGAAAGAAAUGGCUAGAUUUGAGGCUAAUGUGACACAGAGACAUGUAUCAACGCUUCCUGGUUUUCGCUAGUCACUCGAUGACGUCUCGCGCUCUCACUUUAUCCUCGGCAGAGCCGAAACGAGGAAAUCCGCCGUCUGCGUUUCACCGUCCGAGUCGUGCCGCCAAAAAUCUUUGCACGAUAUCGGUAUUGAGUGAUCGGAAUAUCACGAUGCAUCGUAUAAUCAGUUAUCAGCUCGUGCCUAGACAAAGAAGCCACGCAGGAAAACCUUGUUUUUAUAUUUCGUCAGUGUAAUCGCAGUAUCUCAAGCACGUAAUGCAGAAUAUCAGCCAAAAUCAGGCGAAUCUCGCAGAGUCCCUUCGAGUGUGUGCGCGCCUGUGCAUGAUUUGGUAGCGCUUCGAUCUGCAGCGUGUGCAUGAGAACAUGUGAGGAGGAACUAUUUUAAAACCCUGCAUGCGGAUUAGUGCGUGUUUACCUGAGAGUCAGCUUUCUAUUUUAUUAUCGUACCAAAAACUUAGAGAAGUGUUCUAUAUUUGUACGUUAUAUUUCUUUACUUUUUUUUUUUUUUUUUUUUGGUCAUCGUUCAAGUCGGAGGGAAAAGAACGCUGAAAUCGCUGAGGCGUCCGUGCCGUGCCUAAAUCACAAAUAGCUUUCACGCUUGUGUUUGUAUGUAAUGUGUUACUGACUUGCCGUAUUUAAAGCAUCUGUGAUGUGUGUGAGUGUGUGUGUGUGUGUGUGAGAGCAGGAAGUGUGAACCACUUUUUUUUCUCAGCGGUGAACAGGAAACAGCCGUUCUCAGGGUGUGUGUAGGCAGAAGCGCAGGUUCAGCUCAGGCCUCUUUACCCGUGCCGAUUCAUCGAUCACGCGUCACGAUAUGUUAUCACGAUGUUGCGUGCAGAAUCUUUCGAUGCGUCUCGCAUUGUUCAGCCUGAAAAGGACGGUAUGGCCGUCCUGACGACAGUCCUUUUAAGAGUCCGUAUCCGCUGAAUUCCGCCGUCGAGAGGAGAGUUUAUCACGACGCAUCGUCGCGUCAUUUUAUCGGUAUAUACCUCCGCAAAAAAAGGAAAGUGAGUCACUGGAAUUCCAUUUUGUUGGCUGCCAAAGAUCUCAGAGACGUCUCGGCUCGGUCCUGGGGCUCCGAGUCACUCCGGGGCUUCAGACGAGACGCGAUGGGGUUCCGCAGCUGUGCUGUGGCGUUGUUAUUCCGGGUUAACACCAGUAGAUCUCUCGUAUAUAAAUGCACCUGUUUUCACUGUGAAGAGCGAAUGUACUUUAACCCAAGGUCCUUCUAUCAGACCCGCUAUAAGCUGCUAUGAGACGUGUAAGGAACAUUCCACCAGGGAGUCAGAAAAAAAAAAAAAAGGCCAAAUGUCUGACAUACAGAUACUUUAUUUUUUUAAUUUUUUUUUUUUUUUUUUUCCUCUCAGUUUUGUUUUUCCUGAUUUUGGGUCAGUAGGCGACUUUAACAUUUACAGUAAUGGUGCCUCAGUUUUGCUGCGUGGAAAAGAGAUUUCAGAACUUUUUUUCAUUUCAGUCGCACGUCUUUUCACCAGCCAGUGAGACAAGAACGCUGACGAGUGUAAAGGCUCUCAGCCGGUUUAGCAUUUCAACCACAUCAAAACAAACUAUGCAAGUGGAAAUGCGUACGACCUGCACGACGCAGACGAUCCAGUGGCUCUUAACCGGUUCGUUUUUUUUAUUUAUUUUUUUUAUUUCUUUCCUGUCACGUAAACAGAAACAUCAAUCGCAAUUACACUUGGCCUUAUUCUUCUUCUUAUUAUGACUUAUGAUUAUUAUUAUUAUUAUUGUUUUAAGAUCUCAAUUCUUCGGAAGCUGACUCCGUUCCGUGGGUUCAGACGUGGUCUCUGUGAGACUGGCCAGCAGGCCCCAGUUAUUAAUACGUGGUACGAAUGUUGUGCAUUUGUUUAAAAUCAGGAUAGUCUGCAAUAACGCAGUGGCCAUGAAAGGGGGCGUGUGCAGUGUUAACACCGCACUGCGCUGCUUAUAAACGUCACGGCGAGGUUAAAUCACACCUUACAGCACAGAUGGGUGUCGGGCGUGUGCAGUGUAGGCCUUACAUCGCAAUAUUUAUUCCGCUACUCCUAAUCGUAAGUGUUAAACCUUAAGGGCGGCGCUUAAGUUCAGUCGGAUUUGAUCAUCCAAUCACAAAUGUGGUCAUGUUACAUCACUCGCUUUUGUUUUGUUUUUGUAGAGGGCUUAGUAUAAAAUACUAUCUUCUGCGGCACAUUACAGUCGUUUAUAGAAUCCUCAGCUAACUUUAACGUUACCUCAGUAAACGUGCAGUUGAUCUCAGAUGUUGAAUAGCUAGCUGAAACGACAUAAUUAAUUUUUUUUAUUGUAAUGUAAAGCUAGUAUACGUGUUGUCUGCCGAGUUAGCUAAUGUUAAUUAAGCUGUUUGUUCUAAUCACUGCUAGCUAAACUAAGGAGCUAGCGUUAAUGUGAACUCUCAUAUCGUGUAAUUACAGCGCGUAGUUAUGCUGAAGCACUACGCCAGGUCAAAGGAAAGCAAAAGUAUGUGAUUGGUUGAUCACCAAGCCCCGCCCUUAAUGACUGAGAAACGCUGGUACAUUUCAGAUUCGGAAUAUUUCAAAACAUCGUCUCUCGUUUUGAAUAUUGUGAUAUAACGCUAAUCGCCACACGCCUCAUGGGUAUAUAUAUUUAUAUUUUCACGAUAUGUACCUCAAUGCCACCUCCAAUAUAAACCUGUGUGUCCAGGUUGUGUUUAUGAACAUGGAGAACGUUUAUAAGCGUUGUUUUGUUUUUGCAAAAAAAAAAAGAGAAAAAAAGAAGAAAAACUGGUUUUACCAUCUUAAAGAGGUGUAAUAUUCGGGCAGGAGUGUUGUCUGCUCUUUUGUCUCCAGUGAGCACAUAGCAUUGGAUUUUAUAUGUACAUGUCCAAACAGGAAGUCCUCUGGCACACAGGGUGAACAUGCCAGGCAAGGAGAGAUUUUAAUCAUUUACAGAAAGAGAUCUGAGAUCUGUUUCACCGUAAAGCGAAGGAGAAAACCUACGAUCCAAACAAACCGUAACUGACGUGUUGGAUAAAACCAGCACGAUUGUUGAUUUGAAUUAAUGUGGAAUGAAUGCAAUUUCUUUUAAUCGGUAAAUAAAAGUGAUUAAAAAGAAACGCGCCUCUGUAGUUGUGAUUUGAUAUUCUGAUGUGAACAUUAACCACUGACACAAAACAAUAUGGUC